GCCCCUCACCGUUGACGGUUCAUUGUGUCUGAGCCUCCGAGAAGCCGGUCAAACCUACGCCCCCUAGAUGCGUUUAGGGCCUAUCGGAUAAAUGGGUUCUGGGGGUGUUCUAGGUUAACAAUCUCUAAAAAUGCCGCCCUUUUUGUUUUAUUUUGUCACUUUAACUACUUCAGUAUCGUAUCUAUAAUUGAAACACAGUAUUUAUACAUAAACUCCAUAUAUCAAAUCAGAAAGGACAAUAUUUAAUACAAACUAUGAAUAUAGCAUCUAGGUAUGUUAUGUUUUAUAAAUAACCACAAAGUCCCAAGCAUAAUGCUUUUAAAUGACCAUAAUAGUGCAUAAUUUACAUACUGAACGUAAUAAAAUGCGCUAUUUCUAUGAUUUCAGGACUCUAAAAGUUGGGGUGAAACCGGGUUAACGGUAUUUUUUAAGAGACAUUUCUUAUUUACCAUUUUUUGCUACGUUAUGAACGCAUUGUCUACCAGCGGCACGCAGUAACUGACGUCGCAGCACGGGCGUGGACCUCGGCGGCGGGUGCAUCGUGGAAAGUAGGUGGCAGGCAGUUUGGGUAAUGAUGGGGGAAGGAGAUGGGGAUGAAAGGCGCGAUGGGUAAUUUAGUUGGAGCCCACCCGAAAGGCUGAAGAGCAGGACUGAGUAGUGCAGGGCUUCUUUUUUUUUUACACCUUCCAGGCACAUUUAGUUACAUGAAGGACUCUCUGUAUACACUUUUCCAACAGUUUUUAUCCAUAAAACCCAGACACUAGAUGUCCCUCUUCCCUGACGCUCACCUCAGCUGUGUGUAGAGAGAAGUUUAUGAAUCAGCUUUAAUAGAUUAGAGUCCACACUGGUUGUGUGGUUUAUUGAUUAUGGUCAUAAUGACAAUGUGUAUGUGUUUAACUGUGUUUCCUGAACUAUUAAUCUAAUUUACAAUAGCAAUAACACUUUGGUCAUUAUUAUAACUCCAGGUUGAGCUCUGUCAUGCUUUACUAUUGUACUAUAAUUAGGAUAUAUACCUGCAGACAAAUAUGUUUUACAUUGUAUAUUAUGAUGCCAUCUUUCAAACUGAACAAUGCAAUACAUUGAAUUUGAUCUCACUGUAUGUCAUUCCAUGUUUUUUUGGGGGGGGUUCUUUCUGAGGUCCACCCAAGUGAUUGGCUCGGAGUGUGUUUGUAGCUCCAGUUGGGAAGGUGUUUCCUGAUUGGUCGCUGUGAGCACCAUGGGUCACUGUGGAAGCACACUACAAGCCUGGUCAUUCAGUGGUGGGAACAGUGCUUGGUUUUCAUCCCACUUACAUGUGGAGGAGGCUUGGAGGAAGCCAAACCUGAAGUUACUACAGGGGUUGCUAUGGCUAUGUUCUUGUUACCACUCAGUUGUCUGCAUCUUCUUUUUCUGCUGCUACACAUAGGUGAUUGCUUUCGGACGGAACCAAGUCUCUGUGAUUCAAGUUGUGCUGGGUCUCCUACCCCCGACUUGUCCUAUCAGAGAGGGGUCAGGUAUACUUACAGGUAUAGCACGACAAUUACUACAACCCUUCAUGGCUCCAGUGCUGGAAGGAAUGGACUGGCUUUGGACUGUGUGGUUGAUAUCGACGUGGUUUCCAAGUGUCACCUAAUGAUGCAGAUCAGGAAUCCACAGAUAAAGCGACUUUCCCCUCAGAAGGAACACUCUGUGCAACGCUUAAAGAGCUUGAGAGAUUCGCUGGAGAGAACGCGCCUCAAGUUCUCCCUCCAUGGGGGAAAGGUCACGGCCCUCUGUCUCCAGGAGGGGGAGCAGGUGUGGGCCCUCAACAUUAAAAGGGCUCUACUGAGUAUGCUCCAGACCUCCCGCAUGGCCUCCAAACAGGAAUUAGUAAAAGAGACUGAUGUGUAUGGGACGUGCAGCAGCAAGUAUGAGAGGAGAGGAGCUGUACUGCUGAAGAGCAGGGAUCUAAAACAGUGCCAACAGGCCAGACUGGCACACUUCUGGCCCCAUUCAGUAGCUUUAACUGAAGAUACUUCAGUGCAAUCAGAAUUGAACUGUAUUCAGAAGCAUGGAUCUACAGUGAUGGAAGAGGUCAACUGCACUGAAGUUGUUUCUAUGGCAACAUGGUCCGGGACUGCAGGGUUGGUUAAGACAAAAACAGUGUCGACCCUGCUGCUGCUCAGAGCCCAGCCAGGGACCCCAUCAGGAGCAGAUUCCGUAGGUCUUGGUGUUCUGACUGAUCUGCAGUUUGAGGACGAGGGGGCUGCAAGGCAAGGAAAAGCCAGAGCGUCAACACCUCAGCAAGCCAGCCAAACUGUUCGGAUGUUAUGUAGCCUCACCUCAGACCCACAACUGCUAUCGCAAGAGUUCCUUGAACUGGCUUUCCAGCUAAGAGAUCUGACACUUGCUCAAUUGAAGACACUUUGGCAAGAAGCGUCUUUCAAGUGCCUCAACGACUGGCAGCCUCUGUUGGAUGCAUUACCAGCCUGUGGAUCUGAACACUGCGUCGUACUGCUGACCGACCUGAUGAGGAGCAAAGAGCUGGAGGAGGAGCAGGCAUACGCUUUUGUAACCACCAUGGCCCUCAUCCCUCAUCCAUCGCCACAGAUCAUCGAGUCCAUCAAUGCCUUACUGCAGGUCCAAGAGCUGCGUUCAAAGGCACUGCUUGCUGGAUCCUCUCUUGUGUAUCAACUGUGCCAAAAGUCUCAAGCCUCCUGUAGUGAACUUCCUCAGGUGCAGUCCUUCAUACAGACGCUUGAGGAAACCCUGAAGGAGGGCUGCGAGGAAGAACAACCCACUCAAGCUAAGUUUUAUUAUGCACUGAAAUCUGUGGGAAACAUUGGUCUGUCUGCUCCAACCUUUAUUCCAUUGCUAAAAUGCUACAUGCUAAGCCCCUCAACUGCACUUGAGCUGAGACUAGCUGCCAUCCAAGCCUUCAGACGCUUUCCCUGCUCAGCUGAUAGGUCUGUGCUGUUGCAGCUGUACCGUUCCUCCCAGGAGGAUCCCGAGGUCAGAAUCGCUGCAUACCAGCAGCUCAUGCACUGCCCCGACCAGGACGUGUUUGAAGUGGUCAAGACCACGCUGAGGAACGAGACCUCCAGCCAAGUGGGCUCAUAUGUGUGGAGUCACCUGACUAAUGUCCUGAGGAGCGAGGACCCCAUGAAGCAGCCCCUAAUCGAGUCACUGCCUGAUGACAUUAUCAGCAGAGACUUUGAGGCUGAGUUUUUGAAAUACUCUUUUUAUUCAGACUACACUAUUUCAUCAGGCAUGGGGAUUACAAAUGUGGAAACCUCUUUGGUUUUCUCUCCCAAAUCGUUUCUACCAAGAUCUGCCUCUGCCAACCUGACACUGUAUUUACAUGGCAGAGCCCACAACCUUCUGGAAGUGGACCUUCACGUUGAAAACGCUGAACCUCUUUUGAGGAACUUUUUCGGUCAGCAGAACUCAGAUAGAGAGUCCCAGGCUCAAAGUCCAAAGUCGCAGUCCAAAGACGCAUCAAGAAGAAGAACAGAGGAUGGACGUAGUGCAGAAAAAGAACCGUGUUUAUCUGACACCAGCAGUUAUCUGAGCCAGGCCAGGGCCAUGUUGUUUGGGAGGAGGAGAUCAGAGGAGAACAGGCCCCGGUGCUGGGUCGGUGUGAAGGUCUUUGGCAAUGAGCUCAGCGUGUUCUCAUGUGAAGAUCUCUACAACCAACUGGACCAUCUGUCGCUGAGCGUGGCCGGACUGGCUGUCAAACUGCUCAAGGGUCAGGAAGUCCAGCUGAACCACCGGGCCGUGCUGAUGACAGACGAGCUGGUUUUACCGUCUCUGUCCGGUUUACCCAUCAAACUGGGCAUCAACAUGACCUCCCUCCUGUCACUGCGUCUGAAGGGCAACAUCAACUACAGGGACACCUCUCACUUCUCCCUGACCGGAUACAUCAAACCAAAUGCCUACGUGGGGCUGUCGGCCAGGAUGGGGGUUGACGGUGCUCUGGGUCAGGCUGCGGUGGACUGGGUCUCUGAGCUGAGGAGCUCCACCAGUCUGGAUGGUAGUGUUCAGCUGCAGGAGGGGCGGGAUGUCCGGGUCACACUGAACACACCGGAGGACGUCAUGGACAUCAUCUCUCUCAGCUCCAGAGUGUUUCAGCUCAGUGGAGACCACAGAGAGGAGAUCAGGGGGCCAAAGAGUCGAGUGCAGAAGACCUCCUGCACCCCAAAGACAUGGUCCAAGAUGGUUGGCUGGCAGCUGUGCUCCAACGCUUCGUACCCAUCGGCUGCCCCAGGGGUUUCACUUCCUGCUCCAGGACCCGUCCACCUCUCCCUCCGCCUGCUGAAGCUUGACCGAGGCCUCCAUUAUUACAUGUUGGAGGCCGCCUACUCACUGCGCCCUCAGAGAGGCACCUGGCUGCCCAGAGAGGCCUCCAUCCACUUCCUCCUGGCCACACCUCAGUCCUCCAUCCCCAGGGACAUGUCUCUGGACCUGACCUUCAACCCCCACAGACUGAUGCUGAGGAUCACCCACCCUCUGAAAACCAUCCACAUACAAGGGCAACUUCAACAAGAGAGGAACGUAAAGUCAGGGAAGCUGGAGCUUAUAAUUGAUGGUGUUCACUAUUACGUCAUGGGUUUGGUGGACACUCACACCCUGCUGUCAGAGCAGAGGACGCGCUAUCACCUUGAAGCCAAAAUGGCCGCUGAUGGACUUCCCAUGAUCCUCUCUGCCAAUGUUACACGUGGACUGGGCAGGAAAACCAGCUUCUCCGCCACUGUGAAGAAUGUGUUCAGAGAAACUGCAUCACUGUCGGUGUCCCUGGAGCGCAGGCGGGAUGCCAGCAGCAGGCAGUACUCUGUGGAGGCGGAGCUCCUGUUACCUGGGGUGGUGGGCACCAGGAUGCUGGGUCUGAUGGAGCAGAAGGGCUCAGUGUGGAGCUCCGCGCUCAGGCUCAAAUAUGGUCUAGGAGGUGAUGCCCGGCACCUGCGUCAGGAGUGCUACACGUCUCAGAGACUAAGGAGGGAGAGGGACUCAAACCUCACCUACAUCAUGAGAGCAGAACAUGAAUUCUACUGCUCCAACACGGCUCCCAUCAACCACAAGAUCCACCUCCGCCACGAGGAAAGCCCCGUCCACAUUACAUCGUCCCUGGACGUGAGCUACGGCAAACACUGGGACGAGAUCAACAACAAACGCACACUUCUACUGAGCCAGUCCUUCAAAAACCAAUCCACACAAAACCACACCAGCUACACACUGGAGUUCAGUCUCCAGGUCCCAGAGAAGAAUCUGAACUACCGAACCCAGCUGAUGCACUCUCACCUGAAACAGCUGGGUUCAGAGAGCAGCACUCAUCUCAAAAUCCAUUACAACAACCUGAUGCCUCUGGUGGCCGGAUUACACUGGAAAAGCCCCCCCAAAGGCUCCUCGCUGAGGAAAUGGGAAGGCAGCCUCACCAUGGACUCUCCCUGGCUGUACGUGUUCACCUCCCACAGACUGACCCAGCAGCAGAGCCACUCCCUCCAGCUCACCUCAGAGCUGACCGCCAGCAAGUGGCUGAACAUCCGGACCCUCAUGCUGGAGGCUCUCUACAGGAGCCGGGGCCGGGGGGGGGAGGCCCGCCUGGAGAUCAGCACAGCAGCCGCUCAGUACAUCCAGGCAGGGGGGUGGGCCGUGGUGGGGAAGCACGGUGUGAAGGCCUCCGGCUCUCUGAGCUCGUUUUGGACCCCCCCCCUGAGAGGAGACGUCUCCCUGGAGGCCUAUAAAUCCAGCCACACCCUGCACAUGACCUCCACCUGCGGCAGGCACAACGCCAGCCUCUCUGCUGCCCUGAACACCGUGGACAAGAAUUUGAAAAAGAGGCAAGCGAUCCUGAAGAUGACCUUCUCGAAGCCGAAGAGUCGGUCCACAGAGCUGGAGUUUGAGGGUGUAGUGGAGGAGCUGAGGAAGGACAAGAAGAUGUAUCAGAAAAGAGCCAUGCUGCAGCUCAGACAGCCCUUCCAGACCUUUCCUCAGACUUUCCUCCUACGGGAGACUUUCACCGUCGACCUCCUCAAAGGCCUCUACAUCCUGGAGUCCAAAGCGGGUUUCCAUGGCAACAGAGAGGUCAUCCACACCCUCACCCUCGGCUACAAACCACCGAGCCCUUUUGUUUGUUCUGCACUCGUCCAUCCUUUCGGCUCUGACACUAUUCCAUCAGACUCAGAAGUCUGCGUGACCCUAACCAGCAACCAGACCCAGAGAGACAUACAGGGAAGGUUACGGGUCGGCAGCAAAGAGAGACUGACGUUCUUUGGACAAGUUCAGUUUAACCCUUUGCACUCAACUCACCAAGAGAUAAAAGUCAGAGCCAACUUCUCCCAUCUACUCCAGCUGCAGCUCCCCUCCUCCGCUAUAGUGGAGGGAAAUGUAGGAUGGAACCCCAAAAACAACAGUGACUUUGAUUAUCAGGCAGGAGGGAAACUGAGAAUAGAGCGACAGGAAUGCCAACUUUCUGUACAGCUCAAUGGAUCAUCAGGAAGAGUCGGCCUUUAUUCCUCCCUCACCCAUCCUUUCAAAUCAAAGAUACCCAAAACAUUAGAGGUACAGGCCACUGCAGACGUUUCUGCAGUUUGUGGCACAGGAAGUAGCUCCGUACAUGUGAGGGCUGAUGGGAAGGACAGGGUGAAGCUGGACGCCCAGAUGUCCCACUCCUUCCAGAGGGGAGAGAGAGCCAUGGGACUGACUGUGAACGUAUCCCAGAGUCUGCUGCCUUCUGCCACCGACCUGCACGUAAACAUGGCUGCCAACAUGUCCUCAGACACUAUGUCUCUACAUGGCUCCUACACUCAGGGCCAUGAGGCUCUGCUGGCUCAGCUCAAAGGGUCUCUCAAAGACACCGGGGGUCUACAGCUGGCUGUGUCCGGGGACCUGAGGCACUCCAUGGCCAGCCUCGCUGUGCUGCCUACAGUCCUGGGGCUGGACGGGCUGCUGGGACAGUCUGACACCCUCAUUGAAGGACAGCUGAGAGUACGAGUGAUGGAGACCUUGUACAGCGUGGAGCUCAGACAUCAGGAGGCUCUCAGAGAUAUUUUGGACAGAGAAGAUGAAGAGGACAUGAUGGGAACAACAUUUCACAUGGCACGUGAUUGGCUGUGUGUUCGGUCAGGGGCGGAGCAUUUGUGCAUGAAUGCGAGUCGCCGAAUUGGGGAUGGAGGGAUGGGAGAGAUCUACACAAGGCUAUCUCAUUCCUUUGUCUUACUAAAUGCCACAGGUGUACCUGCCAGCAGUGAUGCCCAGCUGAGGUGGGCCCAGGAUGGAGGUCGUUUGUCAGUCUUUGCAGAGCUGCAUGCUGGAGUAGAACAUCUAAAAGCUGAGUUUAAUGGAGGAAAGACUGACCAGCUUACACAACGAUGGGAGUUCUUCUCCAGGCUGCACCAUCACUUCAAAGCCCUGCUGAAGAGAGGUGUAUCAAGCUCCAUACUAGCUAAAGCACAUUACCAGUUAGAAAAAGAAAGCCUGGACACAGGCGUGGUCCUUCACACAGGAGACCAGAGAGUGGUUGAUAUCCUUUUUAAUGUUGGAUCAAAGAACAGCGCAGCUAUAUUGAAAUUGUCUCUAUGGCAACAGAUGAAGAUCCUUCAGGGUGUCAUACCCACCUCUUUACAGAUGAACUGCACAGGGGACUCCAGCGCAGAGCGUCUCUCAGCCCAGUGCUAUGGAAAUGUCUCAGGUCGCCCCGUGGAGACCCUCCUGCCAGCGCAGACCUCAGCCAACAUCUCCGUCACCCGCUCUGGCUGCUGCACUGAUCUCAGAGCUGUCCUCCAUGCUGAUGGGGAGCAGAAAGGCAGCCUCAGUGUGCACUCCACAUGUUGCCCUCAGCUCAGUCUGAGAGCAUCUGUACAGCACUCUAUAGAGGCCGUACAAAUGCUGGGACUUCCUGCCCACGGAGCUUUCAUCCUGAAAGUCUCAGCUGCACAUCUGCCUGGCGUGGAGGUCGGCGUGGAGCUGGGUCGUUGUUAUUUCAGAGGUCAUUUAGGGAAAACCCAGGAUCCACAGACAGAGGAGGAGCCGGCUUCCUACGCUGUCAAUGUGACCAACCACUGCCCCGCUCUACAGGAAACGGUCCUCCCGGUGUCCCUGACCCUCCGGGGCCUCCUGUCAGUCGGCCCCUGUCAGCUCACCAUGACCUCCUCUCUAAGGGCAGACUCUGAGGGCCUCUCCCUGGAGCUGGGGCAGGUCUGCAGGCCCCCACGUCUCUCUGGGAGCCUCACCCACUCUUUCUCUGGGCUGAGGAGCCUUGGCGUGCCCCAGACGAUGAGCAUAGAGGCCUCGGCCCCAGAGCAGGCAGGGGCCCUGCUCAUAAAGGCUGGGACGUGUUCCAUCAGAGCCAAUAGAGUCUCAGGGUCCUCAGGAAGGACACCGUGGCUCUGGGCUCUGGAUGCUCAAUGCCCAUUGUUACAGGCUCAUCUGAAUGGCUCAGUGUGGCAGGGCCCUCUGGGUGUUUGGACAGUGACAGUGGACACCAACCAGGAGGAUAAAAGGGGUUUCCUGAGGCUGAAUGCAAGGGCCUGGCCGGAGCUGAGUGUGGAGGGCGUGCUCCGUCACAACCUCCCCGCCCUGAGAGGGUUACCGCAGCACGGCAGACUGAGGGUCUCCUGCAGGGCCGGUGAACAGCGGUAUGACGGGGAGGCCCUCGUUCAGCUGGAGCAGUGCACUGUGGGAGCCAGUGGAGCUGUGAUGUCACAGACAGGCCUGCAGGGGGCGCUGCUGUAUCACAACAACUGCACUCUCAUUCAGGAGUGGGGGAGUCCCGACAGGAUGGAGUAUUCUGGGGCGUUGGUCGUCUCCCCGACUCUAACAGAGUCUCGGGUCUCCAUGGUGAUUGAUGAAGCAGAGUUAAAGGCUUCUGUGGUUCUCAAGGAAACCAAGGAUAUCAAUGAAGCAUCGCUCAGUGUGAACCAUUCUGUGCCCGUGUUGAAGAAGAUGGAUCUCCCUGUCAGUGCUGCACUCACAAUGCAUUAUGGGAGUCAUGACAACGGAUCGUACUAUUACCUGCUACACAGCAGUGCAGGAAGCCAGAAGCUAACUCAGGAGAUGAGCGUCUCCCAGAUGUCUGAGUCAGUCCGAGUGAAGAGUCUCUUCAGACACACAGUGUGCGUCCUGAGGAGAGCGGGAGUCCCUGCAGACAGCAGCAUGCAGGUGGAGCUGGGCUCAGCAGGAGGGAAGGCCUUCACCUUACAGUCCCAGUUUGGAGGUCAGCAGGCUGGGGUGAGACUCAGGAUGAAAUCUCUCCCAACGAGCAAAGAGAUGAGAGGAAGCAUGUGGCACGGCUGGUCCUGGCUGCAGGGGAGGGGGCUGCCCCGCAACAUAGAGGGCCUGUGCUCCGUCCAGGGGGUCUUCUCUCAGCUCCAGUCGGGGGUCCGGCUCUCUGUGGACGGGCAGCAGCUGCUCUCUUCCGGGCUGAACGUCAGUGUUUCUGACGGACGCCUGUCUCUGCUACUCUCAUUCUCCCCCCCCGCUGCAAAUCUGACAGGAACCCAGAACAGUCUGAACACCACGAUCACUGCACAGUUCAAAGGUCCUCUGCGCAGCGCCUCCGCAGACAUUCACUGUCCCCACUGGAGAGUGAGAGCUGUGGGGGACGUAGGGGGCUGGGGGGCCCACGGGGGCUCCAAGGAGGCCCGGGUCACUCUGAGGCACACAGUCCAGGGACUCACCAGCCCCGCCUUACAGGUGGAGGCCUGGGGGAGGCUCACUGAGUCCCAGCUGAGGUGCUCCAUCGCCCUGAACCCAGAACUCAGCUCCUCUCUGGCCCUCAUCAUGCAGGGACACCAUCGGCCCCACAGCAAGGACCUGAUGGUGAAGGUGGUGCAGAAUAUUCCCAGGAUGUUGGUGUACCUGCCUCCUCAGCUCAACAUCCGCUCUCAGCUGAACCAGUCCCAGUCGGGUGUAGCAGGGCUGGUGGAGGUGUCGUCAGGCCGGAGGAGGCUGUGGGCGGUGGGGGAGCUGACAGCCAUAGAGAGUGGAUACAGACAGGCUGUGGAGCUCAAACACUCGUACCCUCAGCUGAGGCCCCUUCCCAGGACGGUGGCAGUGAGGACGGUGUACGAGGCGAGGAGCUGGAGCCACCAGGUCCAGCAUGGAGCGGUGUGGGGCAGCCAGGAGUUAGUCCUGUCUGGGCUCUACUCUGCCCCCCCAGCACUGCAGCAGGGGAACCACACCCUGAAGGUUCAGGUCAGCUGUGUUCCCCGGGGGUCCCAUGUGGAGGUGACCUUGGAGCGCUCCCCCCAGGGCGGGCAGGACAGUGUGGGGGUGGGCUGGGUCAGGCAUGGCCUCCUGGAGCAGGUCCGGGCUGAGAGCUGGUGGAGGCGCUCGGAGGAGAGCAGUGAGAGCAGGGUGGAGCUGCAGCAGCCCUUCUCCUCCACCCUCAGCAGCCUGUCCCUGCACAGCCUGACACACAGCGCACUGAUGGAGCAGCGCACCAGCCACCAGACCCAUCUGUCAUGGAACAACACGGUGCCCGUCAACAUCUCAAUCAGCCUGAACAAGCAGUGGCAGAACAACUCCAGCAGGGGGCAGGCCUGCGCUCUGUUCUCCACACAACAGAUGGCGGUGUCGUCUGUCAAAGGUUGUGUGUCAGUGGGUCAGGAGGGAAACUCGUAUUCCCAGAAUGCAGAGCUCAGAUGGGACAACAGGAGCGUCAAACAAGGCUUGAAGUACCAGAGGGGUCCACGGGGAAUGCACAGCCUUCAGGUGAAUGUGGGCCUCGAUAAAGUGUCCCCUGUGCCCUGUCAUUCACACACACUCCUGACGAAGAUUCAGACCAACCUGAGGAACCGUCUGGAGCACACAGUGCUGCUGGGCCUCUGCCCCCCCCAGCCUACUGUAUCGUGGUCAGGAUCCCACAGAGUGAACUCGGGAGAGGAGCUGUUUUACUCUCAGUCUCGCCUCUCGGUGACAGGACGGCCCCACCAGUGCAGCCUCACCGUCGCUCUGACCAACUCCUCCACAGCCCAGGGCUCCAACAUGUCUCUGUUCUCCAAGUCUAGGAUUGGCAACUGGAGUGUGGAGGUGGGGGGCAGUGUCCUGUCUGGGCCCCAGGGGUCCGGUCUCCAGGUGCAGGCCAGACUGGACGGCAGAGAGAAGAUCUGGCUUAACGGGACGGCAGAGGGACCAUGUCUGCAGAGCACAGCGGGUUAUAUGAACGGUGUGAGCGAGGACGUCACAGUUGUGGCAUGUGUGGGAACAAAUGGCAGUGUGACGCUGGAUGUGCAGAAACGAGACGGCAGCAGCACAGACCCUGAGACUCUGGGCAGUGUGUGUUUGGGAGCAGCCAAUCAGAGGCUGAGGCUGAGAGCAGGAGGCUGUUUGGAAAGUCUGACAGCAGUGGAGGCACGGAUUCAAUAUCUAAGCACUCGCAUACAGACCAAGCUGCUGCAAAGAGUCAAGACGUUACAGCAUCUCCUCGUGGAAUUCAGACGGCAGUCCAGGGACAGCGAGUUGCUUCAGGAGCUGAGUGCCUUUCCGCUUCAUGUUUCCCAGCAUGCUCAGGCUCUGCUGCAGCACAGACAGGGGGGUCUGCCUGCUCUGUGGCAGCACAGCCCCCUGCGCCGCGUCUUUACCGACAGCCUGCCGCGCCUCCUCAGCCUGCUGCAGCACGCCUCUCUGCUGGGACAACAGGAACUGAGGAGGCCCCUGGCCACUCUGGCAGGUGUGUACCAAGAUGUGAAGGGCCAGAGGGUGGAGGCCCUGUGGAGGGAGGCUGUUUCUCUGUGGACUGACGGGCUGAUGCAUGUCCUCCCUGUGCUGAUUGGGAACCCUCAGCUGAGGCCCCUGGCUCAGGCUGGGGUCACCACGCUCAGCGCCGCCCUGGAUGUGGCAGGAAAGCAUGCCUACCACUGGGUGGAGACCAGGCUGGCGAUGGCUCUGUCUGGGGUCAGGAAACGCCUGGCCUCUGUCUACAAAUUCUCCCCCAGUGAGUGUUCAGUGGUUGUGUCAGUGCCGCUGCCACCGCUCUCCUGGUCCAGGGUGUCCGAGGCUGGACUGGUAGAAAUCCUUCUAGAGGAGUGGCUCCUGAGACCCCUGCAGACCCUCGCCACUGUCAGGCCCACAGCUGAACUUUACCGCCUCAAAAGGAAGAUGAUGGACAGCUCGUUUAAACACCAAGCUCUGUUGGUGGCGGAUCAGUUUGUGGUGACAUUUGAUGGUCAUCUGUAUGAGCUCCCCCCCUCCUGUGCACUGCUCCUUGCUCAAGACGUCAGCGCUGAGCCUUCAUUUACACUGCUGCGCAAUACAGACUUCCUUCUCAUAGAAAUGAAUAACAGCACCGUCACCAUUCAGCACAAUGGACAGGUGAAGGCCAAUUGUAACCACGAUGUUACGCGCACAUUUCACAGUGACAAUGGAGUAACUGUCAGAAGAGGGUCAAACAUUGUGCAGGUGUCCAAUCAGAAUGGGGCGUCAGUGUCAUGUGACCUGUUGCUUGAGCUGUGCAGCUUCACUCUCGAUGGAUGGUUGCAUGGUGUGUCCACUGGUCUGUUGGGAACGAAUGACAAUGAAGCCGGGAACGAUUUUCCUUUGCUUGAUGGUUCUCAGGCUGAAAACUUGGAGGAGUUCUUCCAUAGUUGGCAGGUUGGACAAAUGAAUCUGGAUUGUAUUCCAGGUGUAACAGAGCACCUCCCUCAAGCAGCCAGCUGUGACUCUUUGUUCUCCUCUCCUGAUUCCCCGCUGAGCUCCUGUUUCAGGGUGGUGGAUCCCGGUCGGUUCUGGUCGGUGUGUAAACUGAGCUCCUGGAGAGCACCCUGUAGAUUAGCAUCUGCUUUUGUUCACCUCUGCCGGCAGAACUACAUACCUCUGGAGGUCCCUGUCCACUGCUUGAAAGCAUGACCGGACGCGCUGAUGAAGAGUGAACAUGGCGGAUUUGUGAUAUCUGUUAGCUGCUAAAACUGACACAUUUACACUUUUAUACCACUGUUUGUGCUACAUUACUUAUAUUUUGUAUUGCAUUUUGUUCUUAAUUGUAUAUUUACACAUUGUUAUACCUCACUAUUUAGACAUCCAGAUAUUGGGCCAGGAACGUGAAUGUGAACAUACUAACUACAGCAAGUUUAUUAUUAAUCACAAGGCCUCAUUUUUUAUAUUUUCUGUGGUCUGUAAUACAAACACUGAAAACUAUUUUACCCCAAAGUAACUAAUCCUAACAAGCAAACUUGGACUAUGAAGACAUCAACAAAUGUUUUUGACAAAGUGCAUUACCUGUUGUAUGCUAUCUUACGAUUGUUUAUUAAAGACAGAACUAAUAGAGAAGAGGGUAAACAUACAAAAAUUAAGAAAAUCAAAAUGAAACUUCACCAGUUGAUUAAAUUAAUCACAUUUUUUUUGAAUUACCGUUUUUUUGCUGUUGAUGUUUUCGUUAAAUAUGCGAAUAAGGGAUUAUCUAAUUCUACAUUUUGGUGAAUUUAGGAGAAAUCUACAUACAUAAAUAAACAAAGUUACUCAAAUAAACAC